AUGUCCUCCAUGACCACUCUGGAAAGGAGUCACUCCUGUACCUCCAGCACCUCUCUCUCCAUGUCAAGCCCUCGCCUAUCUGUUCGACGCGAAACCACACCGCCUCGAAACGAACUAUCUCUCACCCAUCUCCAUGACCGCAUGAAUCAGCUGGACUCGCGUGUACUCGAGCUACGCUCCAACGUCCUCACCAAGGAUGGUUACGUCGACCGCCGCAACCGCGAGGAUGAGCACAUUCGCCGUGAAUUCGAGAACCACCGCAUCAUCUCUCACCGUAUCGAUCUGAAUGUGGUGGCUCUUCGCUCAGAUGUUGACCAGAUCAAGACAAGCAUCUUCCAACUCAAGUCUAGUAUCGGCCAGUCCGGUACCGAGACUGUGUUCCUGCGUGGAGAUGUUGAUCGGUUGCAGAAGAGCGUGGAGCAGCUUCAAAUCGAUGCUGAGCAGAUGAGAUCGGAUGUUUGUGCUUCCCGAAUCGAUAUCAGCAAGCUCCAGUCUACUGCCAACCAGCUUCGUACGGAUCUUAUCACUCUUGAACAUAAACUCACACGCCAAAUGCACGCGAUGGAAACGAGUCUUCACAUGCGCAUGGACUCGAUGGAAUCUCGAAUGCGGCACUCCGAACGGGUUCGCUUCAACUCGCUGGCACACACUAUUCAUGCUCCCAUCAACCCUGUCCCCGUCAUCCUUGAUGAUGGUUCCCCUCGAAUGGCCCAAGUACUUCCCGCGUACCUUCAUCGAUUGGUUGAACUGGCUGAGUUUUACCAGCUGGGUGGUUACCAGGACUGGUGUCGGAUGAAUGCCGCCGACCUUUUCGCCGAUGACAGUGACUCCAGUAGUUCAAGUGACGGGUCAAACAACUUGACUCGCGAGGAAGCUGUUCGUCACUUCCCCGAAGCUGCUCACCAGGCCCUAGCUGCUACUCUUGGUUUAAUAUACUAUAAAAUCCGAAAUGAGGUGGGCGAUGGCCCCACGGGUCACGUCCCCAUUGCUCGUCCUUUGAAGCGUCAACAAGACGAAGUCACCUCGACAAGCACGAGCUCCAAGUCUAAGCCGGUGAAGAUCCCACGCCGUCCCAGCGUGUCGGACACCUUCCUCCACCGACUGAUUACCGGUCCAUCUAUAGCCUCGAAGUCUUCAACCUCCGGGGAAGAGAUGGACAAGCUAGGAUGGAACCCGUUUUCUGAUGUUUCGGACGAUGCUAUGAGCAAACUCCGAUCCAUCGAUCCGCAAGAUAUCGGCAACGUCCUCCGCGCCCUUGAACAAGGCCGGUUGAAGAUGAAGCCUAGCGGAUCCGAGAAGGCAGGCAUGUCGCCUACCGAUUCAAAGGCCAGUCAUCGGAUUGGUAAGAAUAGUGUCCCUGAGCCAACGGCUCAGGACGUUCCUACCAUUCCUAACACUGUGCCCACUCAGCCGAUAUCCUCAUCUGAGGCCAUGAGGGUCUCAAUGAAGGCUUCGGUCGCCGUCAAGGCACCUGAGCAAGAAUACCCGGAGGGUGGCUCUGUGGCCGACACCUCGAGCACCGCCUCUUCGGAAUGA